AUCUAUAAAAGUUCAUAGGUAAACAAAUCAGCCAAAUUCUCUGUCUAUACGUUCACUUAUUUGUGAAGUAAGGGUGAGAUUCUGGGGAUAUGUAUUUAGAAAAUCAUGGAGAAACUUAGAAUCAGUAAGAGCAACUGUGUUGCCAACAUGGCCAUGAGUUGGUGAUCUGUCAUGGAUCCAUCAAGUGCUGAAGUGUUGUCUGUGAGAUAAGUGUCAGUGAACUACGGUAAUUCCGUCUAGCCAGCGGGGCAAUUGGGCUAGGUCUGUGAUUCAUAUAAAAAUUCAAUAUGGCAUCCAAUAUGAGUGAUCAUAAUAGUCAGAUAAUGGAUAAAUCACAUGGUAGUAAUAAUGUGAUAAACCUUACAACGAGUGAAACACUGAGGCUAGAUGGUGACCGGACCAACCUGCACCUUCAAGCUGCUGGGUCUGCACCCUCACAACCUUAUCCCAAGAAGAAAAACUCCUCUUUUCAGAUUACCAGUAUUACUUCUAGGUUAAGUAAUGAUGGUGGUGAAGAUAGUGCUGAUGAUACUGAAGAUAUCUCUGACAUAAUGGAUAGUUCCAAGGUCACUGACUUUGAUCAAGAAACUCCUAGUUUCUCUGAAGAUUACUCUAAGUCUGAGGAAGUGUUCUUUGGGCCUGCACCUGUGAUACCUACAAGUUCUCAGUAUGGAAUCACUGCACUUGUCCAGCAGACAGGAUCUGGUGGUGUUAUGACAGCCAUGUUACCUCAGGGAGUUACUGUUAAUGUUACAGAAGGUGGCAUUGCUCUAGCUAAGGCCGAUGGUGAAUCCGAUGAUGUUAAUCACUGGCAAAAUAGAUUUAAAAUUGUUAAGAUAGAUUCUAACGAGCCAUUCAAACGUGGAAGAUGGAUCUGUUUGGAUUUCAUGGACUCGCCUGCUGUUACUGCUGCCAGUAGUCAAAAGAAGGAUGAGAGUUCUGUGGUUGUUAAUAGUGUUAGCCUUAAAGAGAUAGAAGCUGGAGACCACCAGCCACAAACUGUGGUACAGCUUUCUGUGCCAAUACCACAACAGAGUCAGGCAGGCCAAACCCAGCCUCACUCUGUCUCUGUGCCUGCUCAGUAUCAAGUACCCCAUUCUACUCAGGCAUCCACACCCAUGGUUCCUUCAACACAAACCAGUCAGGGUGGUGUGCCAAUUCAGUCUUCGACACAUUUGUCAGGAACAGCAGCUGCUCAGGGUCAAGGCACUCUACAGUAUCCUUCUCAAGGUGCUGCUAUGCAAGGACAGUUACAGCCUAUGUCUCAGGGUUAUCCAGCUCCAUCACAGGCUGCACAGGGGCAGGCUGCGGUCCACCCAUCUUCCUCUGCUCAGACACCUCCCCAAUCUCAACCUCCUCUUCAACAACCCACACUACAACAACCCCCUUUACAACAACCUCCACCUUCCCAGCCCAAUGUACAGAGUACAGUUCAAGCUGCCCCUCUGUCGCAGUCAAAUUUACAGCAAGGAAGUGUUACUCAACCCACAAUCCAGCAAGGAAUGGUGCCUCCAAGUUCCAUUACUCAGCCACCCCAACACCAGCCAGUGCAGGCUCAGUCAAGUCUGCCACAGACUACCAUUAACGCACAAAGUAUUCCACAGCAGGGAAUUCCAGGGCAGACGCAGACUAUUCCACAGCAAGGAAUUCCAGGGCAGACUGUUCCCCAGCCAGGUGUUAUUGGCCAAGCAGGCAUGCCUGCCCAGUCCCUUCAGCCUACUGUGAUAAGUGGAAUUGCAGCUCAGGGCAUGGUACCACCAGUAGUAACCCACCAAGGGGUUCCUACACAACCUACAAGUGUGAUGACCCAGCCCCAGUCAAAUCUUCCACAGCAAAGUGUGCCUCAAGCAAGUUUAGGUCAGAAAACUGUGGUAACAAGUGGGCCAUCACCUCAGCAGAUGACCCAGACUUUACCUUCACAACCGCUUCCUGGAACACAGCAAAUUCAACAAGUAGCUGCACCACAGCAGAUGACAACAGGCCAGCAGUUGCCUGUAACUCAACAAAUAAGUAGUACCAUAGUCCAGCCUGGAGUUCAUAGUCAAACUGCUGUAGGAACUAGCCAGCAGAUGACAGCUGCAGCACCAUCCACCAGCGUUAAAUCACCACAAGUUAGUCAUGUAUCUCAUCCUGGCACGGGUUCAGCACCUACUCCUGCCACUACUCCAGCUCAAGGCCAAGCUCACCAUAGUAUGGGUGCACCAACAGUGCAAUCCGCACCAUCUGGUGAACAACAGUCUUCACAACCACAGCCUCAACAGUCACAGCCCCAGCAGCCUCCAAGUAAUUUGGAAGGAAUCCCACCUGGACAACCUAUGGAUGAUGCUGCCAACGCCACUCCUCCAGCUGGUGGUAGUGGCCAACCUGACGACACUGAAAGUGUUGAUGGGCUGGCGCGGGCCUUGUUCUCUGGUGUGUUAACCUGCCCUGGACACCAAGACCUGCCUGUCACCCCGGUUCUCUCCGCCCUCAUGCACCCACCCUACACGCCUCCGUCACACACGCCUCCAUCACACACGCCUCGAGCUCACACGCCAACAGGUCAGACCCCUCCACCUCACACGCCGCCACCUAUAAGCGUGGCAGCUAAAAUAAUGGGCGUGGGUAGCUUUUCGUCCAUGGAUGUGGCCCCUGCAUCCUCAGCAGGCAACUCACGGCGCCCAAACAAGGAUGCCCCUAUCAGGUACUAGCGUGUGUCGGGGCCUACUAACACAACCUCCUCAACACCUCACACUAAGGGUAUCAUAACCUCCAACAUGGUACUGUGUGCUAGUAACACUAUCUCCAGUCCCAACCCAAUCUAUAACCAUGUGCGGUAUUCCUAGCAGGUAUACCUCACAGGGAGGUAUCCGCUCACAGAGAGAUAUCCCCCUCACAAGGAGGAAUCCCCCCUCACGGAGGUAUCCCUCGAGGUAUUCCUCACAAACCUUAGCCCCUCCCUCAGGCACUACCUAGUUUUAGUUGCUAGUAGUAGGUCUCUAAUAUAUGACUUGGUCACCUAGUCUUGGUUGUUAGUAGUGACUUCUCACCUGUGUGAAUGUCACCUAGUCUUGGUUGUCAGUAGUGACUUCUCACCUGUGUGAAUGUCACCUAGUCUUGGUUGUUAGUAGUGACUUCUCAACUGUGUGAAUGUCACCUAGUCUUGGUUGUCAGUAGUGACUUCUCACCUGUGUGAAUGUCACCUAGUCUUGGUUGUCAGUAGUGACUUCUCACCUGUGUGAAUGUCACCUAGUCUUGGUUGUUAGUAGUGACUUCUCACCUGUGUGAAUGUCACCUAGUCUUGGUUGUCAGUAGUGACUUCUCACCUGUGUGAAUGUCACCUAGUCUUGGUUGUCAGUAGUGACUUUUACCUGUGUGAUUGUCACUUAGUCUUCUUGGUAGUGUAACUCCUGCCUAACAGCGAAGGAACGUUCACAUAUAAAUCGCUCUUAGAGAGGAAGUAUUAGGCAGUGUUUGGGUGUGUCCUGAGCCAUUAUGAAGUUACGAUUGAGAGAGAAAAGUAAAGACU